UUGUAACAUCUUUGAACGGGCAAAGGCAGAAGAUUUGUUGACGUUUACUGACCUUGAUUUUAACUGAUUUAUAUAAAGAGUAUAGUUAUAGUAAAGAAAACUAAGCAACAUAUCGCUAUUAAGAUGAGGAUAAUUUUCGUAUUUUUCUUCACCAUCUGCAUUCUUGUCAAGAUGGUUGCAUGCUUGGAUAAUAUUUCUAUAAAUGAUGAACAAAUGAAAUAUACGCUCGAUAAUUCUACUGAGUUUAAUAGAAAAUCUAAUCCGGAUAUCGAUCUUAGUACAGACAAAUUGAUAAAGAAAUAUGGUUAUCCUUCUGAAAUACAUGUUGUAAUAACUGAUGAUGGUUAUUUUUUGACACUUCAUCGAAUUCCAGGAAAAUCCGGAUCACAUCCCAUAUUAGUUCAACACGGCUUAUUAGCGAGUUCUGCUGAUUGGGUGAUUUCUGGUCCAAAAAAGGGUCUUGCCUAUUUAUUAGCUGAUGAAGGAUAUGAUGUAUGGCUUGGUAAUUUUCGCGGUAAUACGUAUUCAAAAGCACAUAAAAGUUUGUCAACGGCAGAUCCGAAAUUUUGGAAUUUUAGUUGGCAUGAAAUGGGUAUAUAUGACCUACCAGCGAUGAUUUCAUAUAUUACAAAUCUGAAACAAAGUAAUUUGACAUACAUUGGUCAUUCUAUGGGAACAACAACAUUUUAUGUAAUGUCAAUUAUGAGACAAGACAUUGCUAAUAAAGUUCAAAUGAUGUUUAGUCUUGCCCCAGUUAUUUACGUGACUCAUAUGAAAAGUCCUAUACGAUUUUUGGCCCCUUUUUCUCGUGAUUUACAGUUUCUCGCACGUUUUUUAGGUCAAAAUGAAUUUCUUCCACAUAAUAAUUUAAUAAAAUUUCUUGCUAAAUAUGGUUGCGAUAUGACUUCUAUAGAAACUGCAAUAUGUCGUAACAUAAUAUUUUUACUUGCUGGAUUUGAUGAACCUCAAAUGAACGCUACGUUAUUACCUGUAAUUUUGGGUCAUGCGCCAGCUGGAUCUUCAAUUAAAACAUUUGUACAUUAUUUGCAAGAAGUGAAUUCUGGAAAGUUUCGACAAUUUGAUUACGGCACACCGGAAAAUUUAAAAAUUUAUAAUAGUAUUGAACCACCUGAUUAUAAUAUAUCUAAAAUUUCAGUACCUAUAGCACUUUAUUACUCUGAAAACGAUUGGUUUGUUAAUAUUAAGGAUUUACUUCAAAUAUCAAUGGAAUUAAAAAACAUCGUUGAUAUGUACAAAAUACCAUAUGAAAAGUUUAAUCAUAUCGACUUUAUGUGGGCUAUAAAUGCCCCGGAAUUAGUUUAUAGUAGAAUAUUAAAUACAUUAAAAGAUAGAGCAUAAAGAUAGUAAAAGGAACAUUUCCGAUAUUGACAGAUGUAUACAAGUUUUUAUGUUUUCUCCAAUAUCUUAAUAUAUUAGUUACUUAAUUAAAUAUUUUCAUAACA